AUGCCCGUAGGAACGCCUUCUCCGUUCCGCUUCCCCCCGCGUCCGGGCUCAUCUGCUGGACCUAGUGCUGCAUCUCAAUUUGCAUCCACUCCUCGCUUCUUGUUAUCUCAGAAGCCGAAUGACCCGAAAAAAGCAAAACUAAAUGAUGAGAUCAACACUAGUGAUACGGAGGAGCCACCACGAUCAACUCCUCUCUCCACGGCGCGUGUGGCGCCGCAGCAAAGAGGACGAGAAUUAAUUGAGGACUUGGAAGAUGAUGCGACUCAUAUCUUCAACUCCGGGCUGAGGAAGGCCGUUGAUGAUAUAUCUGAUAGCGAGACGAACCACACAUCUCCGCCGGAGGGCGCCGGCGAUGUUGAUGCCGCAUUCGAUGCGCUUUUCGGGCCGACUACAGUGGAUCGCAGGAAGAGACGCCGUAUAUCCCUGGAUGAAGAACUAUCAAUGACUCAACCUGCAAGGCACAACGCAGACAUGAUUCUGACUUCUUCGCCGGAGACCUCAGCGCUCAUGGCAGAUCUGCCUUCGUCGCCAAUCCCCUUCCGUACUCCAAAGAAGAAUACUCCGACAGCAGCUUCGCGGAGGACUGUAGCUGCUGCACAGCAAACGCCUAGGCCUGCGACUCCGGCAAGUACAGCACCAUUCCGCGACCAUCCUCGCUUCAAGGUGUUUCAACCGUCAUUGAGCAGUCAGUCGCAAUUCACCCCAAGACUGACGGCACCAUCUGCGUCACAAUUACCGACUCCUGGGCCCCAAAGACAGAAGCCAGCCUUUGUCCUGCCUCGCUCUCCGUCUCCUUCACGGAUGGACGUUGAUUCAAUGAUUCCGACCCCAUUCUCCCCUUCUUCUCAUGCUCUUCGUCGGCGAGGCCGGCCCCGAUCCAGUACUGCAAACUACUUACCAGGCGGCAUGGCGUCGGACGUCCGCAGCUGGAUCCUGGAAACCGGAGCCAAAAGCGAGCAGAUACAGAAGAGUCUAAAUGCUUAUUCUAGGGAGCACCAGACCCAAGGGCCGCCUGAUAUAAGCCAAUAUUUUCUUGUUCUUCGCAUUCUUGACGUUCGUCAGUCUGCGCUGAGCAGCUCUGGUCCAGUGGCUUAUAUACAUGGCGUACGAGUCACUCCUCCCGACGAGUCAGAAAACCCAGUCUCGCAGUCUCGGAAAGUCCUCCUUCUUGGUCCGCCCAGGCGAGCUAGCUUGCAGUCCUCCCGUGCAAGGACUCAAAUUCCUGAGCUUCGCGCCGGUCAUCUGGUCGGAGUGUUUCGGAGUCUGGUGUGGGAGGUUGCGUUGGAGCAGGCGCAUCUAGAUAGCAAUGUGCCGAGGGAAGAAACGGAAGAGGACGAGGAGCUUGUGAGCAGUCGUGGGUGCGAUACAAACACUGAGAAUCUUGAGAAAUGGCUCGUCGGGAUGGAAUGGGAACUAAUCGACCAGGGUUGA